AGCAAUGACAAAAACAAGUUCUUCUCCACUGAUAGAGAAGAUCCCUCAAACAAUACUUGGAUUCUUAGAAUCUUCUCCAUCUCAUUGGUCUUCUUCGUAGUUAUCGAAGACGGCGCAAGCUCAUACUCGUAUACUCAAAUCCGGCGCCCAUAACGAUGGCUACAUCUCCGCAAAGCUCAUCGCUUCCUACUCGAACCAUAGCUGCUUCGACGACGCGAAUCUCGUCUUGCAAUCGAUCCCGGAUCCGAAUGUCUACUCUUUCUCGUCUCUUAUAUACGCGUUGACCAAGGCCAAGCUGUACGCGCAAUCGCUCGGCGUGUUUUCCCGUGGGUUGAUUCCAGAUAACCAUGUUCUCCGAAUCUGUUCAAGGUCUGUGCCGAGUUAUCGGCUUUUCGAGUUGGUAAACAGAUUCAUUGCGCAGCGUGUGCGUGCGUCUGGGUUGAAUGGGGAUGGGUUCGUUCAGGGCUCUUUGUUUCAUAUGUACAUGAGGUGCGGUAAAAUGGGCGAUGCGCGCAAGGUGUUCGAUAGAAUGCGUGAGAGAGAAGAGACGUUGUGACUUGCAGUGCUUUUCUUUGUGGUUGGUUACGCGAGAAAAGGCUGUUUAGAAGAAGUGGUUCGUGUCCUCUCUGAGAUGGAAAACUCGGGUAUUUAACCGAACGUCGUGUCUUGGAAUGGGAUUCUUAGCGGGUUUAAUCGUAGCGGGUGUCAUAAGGAAGCAGUGGUGAUGUUCCAGAAGAUGCAUCAUCUGGGUUUUCUACCUGAUGAGGUUGCUGUUUCGAGUGUUCUUCCUUCUGUUGGAGACUCGGAGAGGCUGAAUAUAGGGAGGCAGAUUCAUGGGUAUGUGAUUAAACAGGGUUUGGUGAAGGAUAAAUGUGUUGUUAGUUCGAUGAUUGAUAUGUCUAUGGGAUUAUACAACUUUUCGAACAGUUUGAGCUGAUGGAGACCGGGGUUUGCAAUGCGUGCAUUACAGGGCUGUCUCGAAAUGGUCUUGUUGACAAGGCGGUUGAGAUGUUUGGGUUGUUCAAGGAGAAAAAUAUGGAGCUCAUUGUUGUGUCGUGGACGUCAAUCAUAGCUGGGUGUGCACAGAACGGGAAAGAUAUCGAAGCCUUGGAACUGUUUAGAGAGAUGCAGGUUGCUGGAGUGAAGCCAAACCGUGUAACUAUCCCUUCAAUGCUUCCAGCGUGUGGAAAUAUAGCAGCUUUGCUUCAUGGGAGAUCGGCUCAUGGAUUUGCUGUACGGCUCCACCUUUUGGAUGAUGUUCAUGUAGGGAUUGACAUGUAUGCCAAAUGUGGAAGAAUCAGCAUGUCUCAGUUUGUCUUUGAUAGGAUGCCCACUAAAAACUUAGUCUGCUGGAAUUCGUUAAUGAGUACUCAAUGCAUGGGAAGGCCAAGGAAGUCAUGAGCAUAUUUGAGUCUCUCGUGAGAACCAGGUUCAAACCUGAUUUCAUCAGCUUCACAAGUUUAUUAUCAGCAUGUAGCCAAGUAGGUUUAACAGAUGAAGGGUGGAAAUACUUCGGCAUGCUGAGUGAGGAAUAUGGGAUUACUUCGGCGGAGCUGGGCUGUUCUGGAUCCUAAAUCUCACCGAACUGUUUCGGAGUUCUCUGAUCAUCUUCUUCACACAUUUUGCCUCUUUGAAGCUUGUCCUCAUGGCAUCUCUCUAUCUGUACUCUAUGGACGGUUUCGUUUUGCCGCCGUUCGAGUCGAACUGUGUAUUGAAGGAUAAAGACAUUGUGUGUGUUAAGAGAAAGAAGGAACCUUUGUUAGAGGUUGUGGAGGAAGACAGUGAGGAGAAUGUUUGUGCUGCGAUUGAGGCUGAGGAGAGGGCUCCUGGUGCAAUGCUUCUUGCUAAUGAGGAGUUCCAGAAGGGAACUGGAGGAUAUGAAAGUGAGUCUGAGGAAGAUGAGCUUGAAGAGAUUGUUGUGGAGAAGAAGACUUCAAAGAAACGUAAAGCUUCGAGCAAAAUCAUAAGUUCCAAGAGGAAGAAGUGUAAGUUAGCUACUACUGAAGAAAGUCCCGUGGAAAGAGAAUGCGAAGUUGUUGUAAGCAAAGGCAAUGCUGUGAAGAAGAGUAAAACAUCGGAUGCACGGAGAACUGAAAGUGAUGAACAGAAUGAUGUUAACGCCAAAUCUAUGACCAAGUAUAAGAAGUCCUCGAAACAAGCAGAAAGCAAAGAGCCUACCGAACAGUGCAACAUAUCUGGUGAAACUAAAAAGACACCUAGCAGAAGUGCUCGGCGUAAAAAGGCUAAACGUCAAUGGUUGAGAGAGAAGACAAAACUAGAGAAGGAAGAGUAUUUACAGCUUAAACAGAAGCAGAUGGUUGUAGCACCCAGCCAAAAACCAGCUUUCACUACAAACCACCAAGUAACCAAGGAAAAUCGCUCUGAAGCUCUCGAACCUCAACAGCCAGAUGAAGUGGUUCCUGUAGAAGUGAGGCCAGGCCACAUUCGCUUCGAGACGCUCGAUGAAACAGAUCAAGCUUCUGCUGAAGAAAUUGCACCUCCUGCGGAAAAGUUCGUGUGGAAUGGUAACAUGACGAAGAAGAAAGGCCAAAAAUGGGGAACUGAGAAGGCAGGAUUGUCCAAACGAUAUGCUCAGCAUAUGAAUGAAGAUACUUAUCAGACAGAGACAGUUGCUAAGGGUCACAUUGGUCCAAACCUAUAUCUUUAGUCCACAUUGUUAGAUGCUCAAUCACACCUAAUUGGUCAUCUGCAUUUUGCAGUCUGAUAGAAAUUGAGAGGGUUUAUAUAGUUGGUGAAUCUUCUUCUACAUGGAUUGAAGAUCUUGUAGUCUUGUGUCAUAAGGAAUGAAAGAAAUAAGGCAGGUCUCAGCCGAAGUGCCGUCCAUUGAAUUGGGCCUAUUUCAGAUAAGAAUUAAACGGACCUAAAUAUAAUGGCCCAUAUGGCUCGAUUAAUACGACGACGUAUAAAGAAAGCUUCUCACUUGAUCUUCUUCCCUUCGGAAUUUUCCCAGAGAUAUCAAGGAGUUUAAGGAGGAGCUUGGGCUUGAAUAUGAUGAAGAUGUUGGCCUAAGUCUGCAGGCAUAUUCUGACCUGAUUCCACAUGAUAAAAAGAGGGGCAGAGGGCAGUAAUUUACAGGUUCUUCUCUGCUUGAUGUCCGCUGCAUCAAAACUACCAGAUCAAAUAACUCAGAAGUCGCCAGGUCAGCACCGCCCAAACCUGUCCAAACAGCUACAAAUCCAAAGCUGAGCUCAGACAACGGUUUGCAAACUCCUGUAAAAGAAAAUGGAAAAGGGGACUUGGGAAGAACUAAGUGACGCUUUGAGUGCGAAAAAGGCACAACUGGCUCAAGCCAACAAUGGUGGGUGGAACAAGAAAGGGAGCUCAAGUGGAGGAUCGGCGUGGUCUUACAAGGCAUUGCGAGGUAGCGGAAUGGGACCUGUAAUGAAUUAUAUUAAAUCUUUUGAAUCUCAUUCGGGGUAUGUGAAAAACUCAGACAGAAGAAGAGAAACAACCGUUUUGUUUUUGAUGCUGUGUUGAGUUUUCGUUCGGGUAGGGGUUUAUUAUGUAAAUAUAGAGAAAAACGAUGGAUGUUAUUCUCCUUCCAAGAUCAUUUUAUUUUUAUGUCGAAUCCAUUCAAAAUGUCUGAAACAUUAAUGAAUGUGUUUUAUGAUU